UGGUGAGAGUCACCGCGGGGGCUUUUCCUGUAAACAUCUGCCCAAGUCUGUGGGCAGCCGAGCAUUUGCGCAAGUGCUUUUAGCGUCUACUGUUGACACGAUGUGAGUAACCCGAGAAGUCAGCCCUUUUCUUUUUUUCUCAGCCAAUCAAGAGGAAACCGAAAUCGAGAAAACGCAGCCGUAGAAGGCAGGAAAUGUUAAGUUUCGAGCGCAGCACAGACACCAUUUCUUACUCAAGUGAUUAAUGACGAUGGUUGUGUGAUCUGACAAACCGAAGCAACUUCUGACUUCGAUCAGGCACUGCUGUCCACCUUCCCUCCACGUUUCCACGGACAAUUUAAGACGCAGAGGGAACCCACCAAGUGGAUUACCAAAAUCCAGAUCUUAUUAAUGGGGAAGGAAGAGAAUAACUCGUAGCAGAAGGAAACGUCCCCCGAUGACCAGGAGCUCCCAAAGUCCAGGAUCGUGAAGCGUGACGAGCCUGAGAAUGGCACUGUGGAAGAAGGUGCAGUGUCUGCCAACUGAAACUCUGAACCAGCUUUACCCAACAUCCUUCCCUAUUGAAGUGCGUCACUACAUGGCUACGUGGCUGGAGGACCAGCCAUGGGAUGACAUGGAUGUUAAUGACCUGGCCUUCGAAUCCAGAGCAAAGAUGCUUCUGUGUCAGAUCACCAGUUACCUGCUACAGUUGGCAGAAAAGAAUUCCGAUGUGGUGUUGAAGAUGAGACUGCAACACAUUGUUAAAUCUAUGAAAAUAUUUGAAGGCCAGCCCCUGAAACUCGUCAAAAUUGUGCAGGAAAUCCUGAAGCAGGAGAGGACUCUGAUCAGCCACAUGCAGGCUAUAGGAGCUCCAGUUCAGGUACAGAUGCAAACUCAAGUACAUCCACAUCCAAGGCCUGGAAUGAGCUCACCAGAGCACAACCCAGCUUUUCUGCCUGGUCCUUCCGCAUCUCCUCAGCCUCCUCAACUCUCAGCUUCUGCUGUGUGCAAAAAGACAAGCACAGAUGACCGGGACAAGCAGAGGGCAAUAGAGAUGCUGGUACACAAAAUGGCUGAUAUUCAGGCCUGUCGUAAGAAUCUCCAUCACCUUCAAGAGAAUGUAACCUGGGAGAAGCAGAACUUUGAAUCUAUGCAAGGCCAGUUAUUGCAGAACCAAAAGAAUGGCCUUCUGGAUCAGAAUCUUUCAGAAACCUGCAACCAUUUACAGAACCAAAUCCAGAGGGAUGAACUGCAGAGUAAGGUCUUUUAUGAGAAACGAGUUCAGAUGAUUCAAGAACUUACACAGAAUCUGGCACAGACUCAGCAUCAGGUGAUCCAGCGUAUCCAGGUUUGGAAGAGACAGCAGCAUUUAUCUGCCAUUGGUGAACCCUUUGAUGACAACCUCUCGAUCCUACAGUCCUGUUGUGAGCAGCUGCUAAUGGUGAACUUGCAACUAAAUCAAGAGAUAAUCAUCGCAGGUCGUGAGUCACGAGAGGAACCAUUUAGAGAAAUGCAAGAAAAGCUGGCUGCACUGCUCAAGAGCCUUAUACAGAGCUCCCUGAUAGUAGAUAAGCAGCCUCCUCAAGUCAUCAAGACUCAGUCCAAAUUCUCUACCACUGUGCGGUUUCUGCUUGGAGAGAGGAUGAACUCGGCAAAACCUGCAGUCAUCAAAGCCCAGAUUAUCACAGAGGCUCAGGCCAGGAAUCUGGGGCAGCCAGGAUCCGUGCUCAGUGAAAAUGUUGGAGAGCUCAUCAAUAAUUCUGCCAUCUUGGACCACAAUGCUGCCACAAAAACCACCUGCUGCACUUUCAGGAACAUGUCUAUUAAGAAGAUCAAGAGAACAGAUCGGAAGGGGUCUGAGUCAGUGACUGAAGAGAAAUUUGCUUUGCUCUUCUCCUCUGAAAUUAAUAUCAUGGGGUGUGAAACAACGUACAGCAUCCAGGUCAUCUCAUUGCCCAUCGUCAUAAUUGUACACGGCAGCCAGGACAACAAUGCAUUGGCUACCAUCAUCUGGGAUUGUGCCUUCUCUGAGCCCGAUCGGAUCCCUUUUCUGGUUCCUGAACGUGUCACCUGGCAGCAAAUGUGUGCCACACUGAACAGCAAGUUCAUGUCUGAGGUUCAGACCCCACGCUGUCUGGAUGAACACAACCUUCGUUUCCUGGCACAAAAAAUCUUUGAUGAGCCUGAUAUAAAUGGAGACUUUGACAGUCGGAAUGUGACUUGGGCCCAGUUUAAUAAGGAGGUGCUCCCAGGCAGAAGUUUCACUUUCUGGCAGUGGUUUGAUGGAGUGAUGGAGCUUACCAAAAAACAUCUGAAGAACUACUGGACUGACCGGUUGAUUUUUGGAUUUAUUGGAAAACAAUAUCUCCAUUUACUGCUGCAGCAAAGCCAAGAUGGGACAUUCCUGCUUCGAUUCAGCGACUCUGAAAUUGGUGGUAUCACAAUUGCCUAUGUGUCCACCACUGACAUAGGGAACAGACAGAUUCUAAAUAUUCAACCAUUCACCAAGAAAGACCUGGAGAUCCGCUCAUUAGGAGAUCGAAUCCAUGACAUUGAGUUCAUUCACUUUGUGUACCCAAAUCGCAGAAAGGAUGAGGCAUUCAACAAGUACUACACAGUUCCUCCACCUAGCAGUAAAUAUGGUUACCUGCCAACCAGCAUACAGACAAAAGUUGAAGGUGAGAUGUCUUCAGUGAGAAUGAAUGGCAGCAGUACUCCAGUUAUUUCCAAUGUGCCCAGUGACAUAGAUCCAAUGAUAAUCAAUUACACAGAACAGCCGUCUACACGCAUAAAUGAUGUCUCAACUCCAGUUGUUACUUCCACUAUGCCCAGUGAAGUGGAUCCAAUGACAUUCAACUUCUCAAAUCAAAUAAUUAACCCAGGGAGUCACCCAGACUUGGUGCCAAGUACACAUCAGCAGAUCCAUUAUCCUGUACAGAACUUUCCAUGGACAUAUCCAGGCCGGAGAGAAGCCAACGAAACGUACAGUCAGUCUUCAGUGGAGAUGCUGACAGAAUCGGUCCAGCAAGGCAGGAAGCAGCAGUGCUCGGAUUCUGGCUUCCUGAUGGAUCCUCUUCAGUAUAAAAACUCACAUAUUUACAGAUUUGCCAGGAUGGAUGGAGACUUGAUGCCCCCAAGCAACUGGGAGAUUGGAGAAAUGCUAGCUGAUAGCACCCCUAUGGACACUGACUUCUUAUCACAGAAGAGAUGUCAUUGUGCUCAGAGCAGUCAGUGCUCCCACAUCUGAGCCCUGCUGUUCUGCCUCUUUGUAAGGGAUUGGUUAAGGAAAUCCAGACUUUAAUCUGAAAAAGUGGGUUUGAUUUCUGGCAAUCACAAUCGCGCUCUCACCCACUGCAUGGACAGCUGAACUGUGGACUCCGAGUGGGUUACGUCAUUGUAAAUUGAAAUAUAUCUGAUUGUCAACUGGAGAUUCAGCCUGCUUCUCAUUUUUAAUAUCAUACCUGUGUUUAUAUCUUUAUACAUUUAAAUUUCAAUAAAAAUGUAACAUGGA